AUGACAUCCGCAGCUCAACCCACACUUUCGUUUCCUCGUGAGACAUUCGCAAAGCUCUCUCCUCACCCUUACCUCCUCGCACAUCUUCAGCCAAGUUCUCCAACCAGUUCAUCCAAACGCGCAAACGGUCGAUCGCCAACCCAAUCUCGCGCCCCACACAUCAAUACCGGCUCACUCACGCAUGCUGAAGGUAGCGCAGUCGUACGCAUAGGUGAUACCGCCGUUGUCUGCGGAGUUCGAGGUGAAAUCCUGCUUGCCAGCAAUGUUGGAACCUACCGAGUCGAUAAAUCCACCACCGCUCCCUCGUCGCGACUGGGUUACAAUGAAGCAAAAGAAUUGGAUUUGCUGGUUCCAAAUAUUGAACUAGCUACAGGAUGCUCGCCUGCGUUCUUACCUGGUCAACCACCGUCUACAUUGGCGCAAAGUCUAAGCACAAGGAUAUAUUCAUUAUUGCACAGCUCACGCAUGGUCGAUGAUGAGGAUUUGAGGAUUUGGUAUCAACCACCAGAUUUGAGCGAACAGGAUAGAAUGGACGACGAUGAAGAAACAGAGAGCGUUGAACCUGAAUUGAAGGCGUUUUGGACUUUAUAUAUUGAUAUUUUGUUCAUUUCACUUGAUGGAAACCCUUUUGAUGCUGCUUGGGCCGCUGUUGUGUCCGCUUUGAGGAAUGUGAGGUUACCGAAGGCACAUUGGGAUGCAGAUCGGGAGAUGAUACUUUGCGACGAUCAGGUAUCAUUAUCGAAGAAACUCACGUUGAGGGGACUGCCAGUUGCUGCCACAUCUUUGGUAUUCAGGGCAAAGGAUCAGAAGCGGGGGAAGGAUAAGAGAUUCUGGGUUUUGGCGGAUCCGGACACAUUUGAGGAGGGAUUAUGUGAUGAGUCUAUCACGAUAGUCGUCGAUUGUGAAGCAGGCAAGCCAAAAAUAAUGGGGUUGUCAAAAGUUGGUGGAACUACUGUGGGAAAGGAUGAGAUGAAGCAUAUUCUGAAGUUGGCUGAGACAAGAUGGCAUGAGUUAAGUCCGUUACUGAGGGAAUAG